AUGGCGGAGACGGUCUGGAGCACUGACACCGGGGAGGCUGUGUAUCGCUCCCGGGACCCCGUGCGCAACUUGCGCCUCCGGGUCCACCUGCAAAGAAUCACAUCCAGCAACUUCCUCCGUUACCAGCCUGCUGCCCAGCCUGGGAAAGACCUCAUAGACUUGGCCACUUUUAGGCCUCACCCAACCGCCAGUGGACACCGCUCAGAGCAAGAGGAAGAGGAAGAGGUCGUGAUUGGGUGGCAGGAGAAGCUCUUUAGCCAGUUUGAAGUAGAUCUGUACCGAAAUGAAGCAGCCUGUCAGAGCCCUUUGGAUCAUCAGUACCGUCAAGAGAUCCUGAAGCUGGAGGAUUCGGGUGGCAGGAAGAACCGACGAAUUUUUACCUACACGGACUCUGACAGAUACACCAAUGUGGAGGAGCACUGUCAGAAAAUGACCACCGCAGCCCGGGAGGUGCCAUCAUUCUUGGUCGAACGAAUGGCCAAUGUCAGGCGGCGACGGCAGGACAGGCGAGGGAUGGAAUGUGGCAUCCUCAAGUCACGAAUUGUCACCUGGGAACCCUCAGAAGAGUUUGUCAGGAACAACCAUGUCAUCAACACCCCUCUUCAGACAAUGUACAUCAUGGCAGACCUGGGGCCCUAUGGGAAGCUUGGCUAUAAGAAGUAUGAACAUGUCCUCUGUACUCUGAAAGUGGACAGCAAUGGUGUGAUCACAGUAAAACCUGACUUCACCGGCCUCAAAGGACCCUACAGAAUGGAGACCGAGGGGGAGAAGCAGGAGCUGUGGAAGUAUACGGUGGACAGCGUGUCGUCCCUCGCGCGGCCGGAGGAGGAGGAGCGGGAGCAGCGCGUGUUCAAGGAUCUUUAUGGCCGGCACAAGGAGUAUCUCAGCAGCCUCGUGGGCACAGACUUUGAGAUGACUGUCCCAGGUGCCCUCCGGCUCUUUGUAAAUGGAGAGGUAGUUUCAGCGCAAGGCUAUGAGUAUGACAAUCUCUACAUCCACUUCUUUGUGGAAUUGCCAACCACAAAUUGGUCAAGCCCAGCAUUCCAGCAGCUCUCAGGAAUAACACAGACCUGUGCCACCAAAUCCCUGGGAAUGGAUAAGGUGGCUUACUUCUCCUACCCAUUCACAUUUGAGGCCUCCUUCCUCCACGAAGACGAAUCUGCUGAUGCUGUCCCGGAGUGGCCUGUGCUCUACUGUGAGGUCCUCUCGCUGGACUCCUGGCAGAGGUACCGUGUGGAAGGCUACGGCGCUGUGGUGCUGCCCACCGCCCCAGGCUCGCACACCCUGACAGUCCCCACGUGGAGGCCCAUGGAGCUUGGCACGGAGGCUGAGCUGAGGAGGUUUUUCAUUGGCGGCUCUCUGGAACUGGAGGACCUCUCCUAUGUGCGGAUACCAGGAACCUUCAAGGGGGAGCGUCUGAGCCGCUUUGGGUUCCGCACCGAGACCACGGGCUGCAUCACCUUCCGCUUGCACUGUCUGCAGCAGUCCAGGGCCUUCAUGGAGUCAAGUUCCCUCCGGAAAAGGAUGCAGAGCGUGCUGGACCGUCUGGAAGGGUUCAGCCAGCAGAGUUCCGUUCACAAUGUGCUGGACGCCUUCCGUCGCGCCCGGCGCCGCAUGCAGGAGGCCCGAGAAAGCCUUCCCCAGGACCUGGUGAGCCCCUCCGGGACCAUGGUUUCCUAGCUCACGGCGGCCCUGGCCCCGCCCCCCACCCCACCCCGUGCAAGAGGACAAGAU